AACAAACCGCGUAUAACAUACGCACCUGGUGCUGAUGAUGUCAACAGCAGUUUACCGAAAACGAGGAUACAUUAACAGACCGAGACGCUCAUUUUCUCAUCUUCCACGCAUAUUAUUAUUUAUUAUUAACAGAAAUUUGUCUUUUGGCUUUUGGGAUCAUUCAACUUCUCUCUAUAAAGUACAAACUAUUUUGGUUUCUCUCGCUAUAACGCUGACAACUCAAUCUCUGUCCCUAUUGAUUUUCUAUCCACCUUGAAAAUACACUUUUGUAGCCGUUAACGUUCUUUCUAAUUUGUUUGUGUGUUAUUUUUUCCAGCAUUUUGUGCUUGAUUUGUUAGAUAUAGACAGCUUCGUCUGCAUUAAUUUAUACGUAAAUUAACCAAAAAUGGCGGCGGGUUUUCCCGCGAAAAUCGCUUUAGCCGCCUUGCUUUUUCCGGUGGUGGUGGUGGUGCUCUGCGAUUUUCCGGCCACGUUGACUCUCGAGAGGGCUAUCCCGUCGAACCACAAAGUAGAGCUGAGUCUACUCAGAGACCGGGAUAGAGUUAGGCAUGGAAGAAUGUUGCAGUCCUCAGGUGGGGUAGUCGAUUUUCAGGUCCUGGGUACCUUCGAUCCGUUCUCCGUCGGACUUUAUUAUACAAAGGUGCAAUUGGGUUCCCCUCCGAGGGAAUAUUAUGUGCAGAUUGAUACUGGAAGUGAUGUCUUGUGGGUCGGUUGCGCUUCCUGCAAUGGCUGCCCUCAGAGCAGUGGACUCCAAAUUCCGCUGAAUCUCUUUGAUCCUGGGAGCUCAUCAACAGCUUCAUUGAUAUCUUGUUCAGACCAGAGAUGCAGUCUAGGAGUUCAGUCCUCCGAUUCUAUGUGUUCUGCUCAAACUAACCAGUGUGGUUACAGAUUUCAGUAUGGAGAUGGCAGUAGUACAUCAGGCUAUUACGUAUCAGAUUUGCUACAUUUUGAUACAAUUGUUGGGAAUACUUUGACUACUAAUUCUUCGGCUCAGAUAGUGUUUGGGUGUAGCAUCUUGCAAACUGCAGACUUGACAAAAUCAGAUAGAGCAGUUGACGGGAUCUUUGGGUUUGGUCAACAGGAAAUGUCUGUCAUUUCACAACUAUCUUCACAAGGACUAGCACCAAAAGUGUUCUCCCACUGCUUGAAAGGAGAUGCUAAUGGUGGAGGAAUAUUGGUUCUUGGCGAGAUUCUGGAGCCUAAUAUUGUUUAUACUCCACUUGUCCCAUUGCAGCCUCACUACAAUCUAAAUCUUCAGAGCAUUUCUGUCAAUGGUCAAGUGUUAUCAAUAGAUCCCUCAGUGUUUUCAACAUCAAGCAACCAAGGAACCAUAAUUGAUUCUGGGACUACUUUGGCAUAUCUUGUUGAGGCUGCCUAUGAUCCUCUUGUUAAUGCUGUCACUGCAGCUGUUUCUCAGUCUGUACGCUCAGUUCUUUCCAAGGGAAACCAGUGUUAUUUGACAUCUUCCGGGGUUACAGACGUAUUUCCUCAAGUUAGUCUGAACUUUGCUGGAAGCGCAUCUAUGAUAUUGAGUCCUCAGGACUACCUUAUACAGCAGAACUCAGUUGGUGCAGAUGGAUUGUGGUGCAUUGGCUUUCAGAAAUUUCAGGGUCAAGGGAUGACAAUUUUGGGAGAUCUUGUUCUGAAGGAUAAGAUUUUUGUAUAUGAUCUAGCUAAUCAGCGUAUUGGAUGGGCUAGCUACGAUUGUUCAUUGUCAGUGAAUGUCUCUGCAACAGCUAGGACUGGCAAAAGCGAAUAUGUCAAUGCAGGACAGCUGAAUAAUAACAGCUCGCCACAUAAUGUACCCAACAAACUAAUUCCAACAACUAUACUAGCUUUACUCUUGCAUAUAUGUAUACUUGGGAGUGUCCUGUUCUUGUAGCAUAGGGUGGGAGAGACGAGAGACUUGGGACUUGUUUUUGAUUUUCUGUAUAUUCCUUUGCCGGUUUAUAUUUAUAGUAAUCGGCAGGACUUAUCAUUAUUUUGGAUUUUGGUAGCAGCGAGUAGAUGCUCGGUGUGCUCAUUAGUCUUUAUUCUAUCAGUAUUUUUUUUAUAUAGAUAGAAAUAUGUUUCUCAUUCAAACUUUGUUGGAUAUAGAUAUGUCUAAUUUCUUGUUUUCCUUAUUUUAGCAGAGCUUUGUAUA